AUGGUGAAAGUUUUCCGAAGGAGUAAGCAUCCUACUCAGGAGCUCUGCAGACAUCAGUUAGUCAACACACGGCUUGGGAAAAGCAACAAUGGGAGUGAUGCAUAUGCACUUCCUGUCUAUUCAGCCAUUGUGGCCUAUAUGAAUGUCACCUUAGUGCAACAUAUGCAAAAAACAUUUGGUCGAUGGAAGGUCUUUCUUUCCUACUUCAAUCUUUUCAAUUUGUAUUGCAGAAUUGAAGAAUUUAUUGACUAUCUAUUCUUAGAAAACUCAGACAACAAAAAUAACAACAACAAUAAGUGGAUCAAUUUUCGCCAUAAUGUUCUGAAGUGA